AUGUCCGCCCCACAACCCCCCCACCACCAUACGCACGCAGGCGAGACUCUGCGCCACCUCCCUGGCCUCGUACCCACUCAGCGCCGCGCACCGCCUCGCAUCCCCGAAAAGUGUCUCUCAUGGUGCUCGCAGCGCGACGGCGCACCAGCAAUGUGCCGCAUGCUGUGCCUGCGUAACCGCACUCCACUCCUCACGCAGGCCGAGGCGCUCGCCAAGCUCCGCCCCGACUCGUCAUCCUCCAAAACAGCCUCGAUCGGUGAUUUCUUUGAGGCGUGGCGUACCCGUCUCUCCCCAUAUUCGUUCAUCUACGUCAAGGGCACACCCGAAGGUGUCGUGGGGCGGUACAUGGAGGAGCUGGAUGCCGACGAUGGGCAGUACGACUUUGGAGCGGUGAGCCGGUGGGCACCGGACAAGAUGAGGCGGCGGAGCGAUGGCGUAGAGUACCUCGACUGGGGGGAGGCUGGGUGCCUGCUCCACGUUCCGUUCACAUCGAUCUUCUCGCCAUUCCUCAACCUUCCCCGCAACGUCGAGCGCGUGAUGUCACCACCCAUAAACCUCGCGACGCAAUACUACGAGUCGUUUGAGAACGGGACGCAGGCGCGCGCACUGGGCCGCUUCACCGACGAGGUGUACAAGCUCGGCGCUUUCGACAUGGUCAGCAAGGUGAUUGAACACUGGCGCGACCGUGCAGCCAAGCAGGCCGAGGCCGAGGCCGCGGCGCAGAAGGAGGCGGACCGCGGUGCAGAGAGCGCGCAGGCUGCGCGUGAGGCCCGCGAUCGCGUCAAGGAGAAGAACACCAAGGAGUAG